AUGGCAGCUGUUCAGGGAACGAUCUCCAAACGCCGCAAGUUUGUGGCCGACGGUGUUUUCUACGCCGAAUUGAACGAAUUCUUCCAGCGCGAGUUGGCCGAGGAGGGCUAUUCUGGUGUUGAAGUCAGGGUCACGCCCACCGUCACCGACAUCAUCAUCCGCGCUACUCAUACCCAGGAGGUUUUGGGUGAACAAGGUCGCCGCAUCCGUGAACUCACCUCCCUCAUCCAAAAGCGCUUCAAGUUCCCCGAAAACUCCGUCUCCCUCUAUGCCGCCAAGGUCCAGAACCGUGGUCUCUCUGCCGUUGCUCAGUGCGAAAGCUUGCGAUACAAAUUGCUGAACGGUUUGGCCGUCCGAAGAGCUUGUUAUGGUGUGCUCAGAUUCAUCAUGGAGAGCGGUGCCAAGGGUUGCGAGGUCGUUGUGUCUGGAAAAUUGCGAGCUGCUCGUGCCAAGAGCAUGAAGUUCACUGAUGGCUUCAUGAUUCACUCCGGUCAACCCGCCAAGGACUUUAUCGACAGCGCUACCCGCCACGUCCUCCUCCGCCAAGGUGUGCUCGGUAUUAAGGUCAAGAUCAUGCGGGGCAGCGACCCUGAGGGCAAGUCCGGACCUCAGAAAUCCCUCCCAGACUCCGUCACCAUCAUCGAACCCAAGGAAGAACAGCCCGUCCUCCAACCCAUGAGCCAGGACUAUGGUGCCAAAGCUGCGGCCGCCCAACAGGCUGCCGAACAGCAGCGAUUGGCUGAAGAAGGUCAAGAAGCUAGCGCUGAAGGUGCCCCUGCUCCUGAAGAGUGA